AUGCGCCCAUUCGCCGCCAGCUCCCUCCGGAGCAUCGCAUCCCGCGUCGUCGCCCCCGUGCCGAGGACUCAGCCCACUUUCUGCCGCCAAUGCCUCCGUCCGAUGUCGACAACGCCGGCCGCCCAGAGCGGACACAACAAAUGGUCCAAGAUCCGGCACAAGAAGGGCGCCGCCGAUGCGCAGAAGAACAGCAUGCGCAGCCAGCACUCCAAGACGAUUGCGCUCUACUCGAGACUAUACGGAGCCACAGAUAACCCCCAGCUAGCUGCUGCCAUCGUUGCCGCGAAGAAAGACGCCGUGCCAAAGAACGUAAUCGACUCAGCCAUCGCCCGCGGCCAGGGCCGCUCCGCGUCAGGCGCAAGCCUCGACACGCUGACCCUCGAAGCCAUCUUCCCGCCGGGCGUCGCCGUCAUCAUCGAAGCCGAGACUGAGAGCAAGGGGCGCAGCCUGCAGGACCUGAAGUCGCUCAUCAAGAAGCACAAGGGCACGACCAACGCGGCGACCUUCUUCUUCACCCGCCUCGGGCGCGUCGUCUUCGAGGCCAAGGAGGGCGCCACGGUGGAUGACAUCAUGGACGACGCCAUCGAGGCGGGCGCGGAGGACAUCGAGGCCGAUGAGGAGGGCAACCUCGUCAUUUGGACGCAGCCCAACAUGACCACCUCCGUUGCCAAUGGCGUGGGACCCAGGUUCGAGCUGAAGCUGCUGUCGUCGGAGAUUAUCUGGUCGGCGAACGAAGAUACCCAGGUCAAGCUCGACGGUGCGGAGCAAGCGGAUAACCUGGCCGAGCUGUUGAGCGCGCUACAAGAGAUCCCCGAGGUGCAGGCCGUGUACGGAAACCCCGCCAAGGGAGAGAUUACAGAGGAGGCGUGGUCCAAGAUCGAGGACAACCUGGACUCAUAG